AUGAACUACAUCUCAAACCUCGUAAACUCGGACGACAUCAUCAACCCCCUCAUCGACAAUGGAUAUCUCCCCCACCCGGUCAUUCGCGUCGGCAUCCGGCGCCAACUCGCCGACCGCCUCACGUCUAUCGCCAACACAUCCCUCCAGGCGAGCUAUGAGUCCAAGAUGAAAUACGUGGAGCUACUCCGCGAACGACCCAUUGCCAUCGAGACCAAGACCGCGAAUGAGCAGCAUUAUGAAGUCGGAACGAGUGUGCUGAAGGGCAUGCUGGGCCCGCGGAUGAAGUACUCGGCGUGUUUGUAUGAGAAAGGUGGGGAGACGUUGGGGGAGGCGGAGGUCAGGAUGAUGGAAACGUAUGUGCAGAGAGCGGGGUUGAAGGAUGGAAUGACGGUUUUGGAUUUAGGUUGCGGCUGGGGCUCCCUCUCCCUCUACCUCGCCGAAAUCUUCCCCAACAGCCGCAUAACCGGCUUCUCCAACUCGCGCACACAGAAACAACACAUCGACUCCGUCGCCGCCUCCAAAGGCUUCAAGAACCUCACUGUCGUAACCGGCGACGUGGUAGACCAUGAAUUCGACCCCGAAGUCUACGACCGCGUCCUCUCCAUCGAGCUAUUCGAGCACAUGAAGAACUAUUCUUUGUUGAUGGCCAAAGUAAGCCGGGCCUUGAAACCAGGCGGCAAACUCUUCGUGCACAUCUUCGCGCACAAGGACACGCCCUACGAUUUCGAAGGCGGGUGGAUGACGGAGCACUUCUUCACGGGAGGUACCAUGCCUUCUGCCGACCUCCUUCUCUUCUUCCAAGACGACCUCAAGAUUAAGAGACAGUGGUGGGUUAGCGGUAUGCACUACAGCAAGACGUGUGAGGAUUGGUUGACGACUAUGUUGAGCAACAAAGAGAGUAUUUGGAAGGGGCUUGUGGAGACGUAUGGGGAGGAGGGCGCGUUGACGUGGUGGAAUAGGUGGCAGGUUUUCUAUCUUGCUUGUUCGGAGUUGUUUAGGUGGGAUGGGGGUGAUACGUGGGGGGUUAGUCAUUAUUUGUUUGAGAAGAAGGAGUAG